CCUCAUAAAACCCGCCCCUGAAAUACGGGCGGUUACUGGCGGGCCCCCAAAGGGUCGGUUGACACUUUCCGCCGGAGCCAUUGCGAGAAGACUUGUGUUAGAUUCUGCGGAAAGUUGCCUGCCUGGGCUUGGAGAGGCGAGGCGCCGAUGAAACUGAUCGAUAGCGGCACACCAGCGGCCAACAAUGCCUCCGCCACCAACGGUGCCACGGCCUGCGCUCUUGCCCCGGAGGUGAAGUAUAUCUUGGGGAUAGACGUGGGCAGCACGGUGAUAAGAUGCCAUGUGUACGACAAGGCGGCGGUCCUCAAAGGUUUCAGUAGCAAACAGGUAGAGGCUCUUCAUCCUCAGCCCGGUUGGGUUGAAUUAGACCCUGAAACUCUGUGGACCCAGUUCAUUAAUGUGAUUAAAGAAGCAGUUCAAGUUGCAGGAAUUAAAAUGAAUCAAAUCUCUGCUCUUGGACUUUCAACACAACGUGCAACUUUCAUUACAUGGAACAAAAAGACAGGGAAACCUUUUCAUAAUUUCAUAAGUUGGCAAGAUGUGAGAGCUGCUAACCUUGUUAAAUCCUGGAACAGAUCUUUUUUAAUGAAGGCAGUCCAUGGUUUUUCUUCUUUGCUGCACUUUUUCACUCGGAUUAAUAAACUUCUGCUAGCCCGUUCUUUUAGUUUUACGACACAGCAUGUCUCUUUAAGACUGGUUUGGAUAUUACAACAUUUAUCUGAGGUAGAACAAGCUGCUAAAGAUGACAAUUGCUGUUUUGGAACAGUUGACACUUGGUUACUUUAUAAACUCACUAAAGGUGCAGCGUAUGCUACAGAUUAUUCAAAUGCCAGUACCACUGCGUUUUUUGAUCCUUUUAAGCUGCAGUGGAGUAACCUUUUUAGCAAGUUGCUUUCCAUUCCAAUAUCGCUUUUCCCUCCAAUAGAGGACACUAGUCACAUUUUUGGAUCAGUUGAUCCUGAAAUAUUUGGAGUGCCUAUUGCAAUAGCAGCUUUGGUAGCAGACCAGCAGGCAGCCAUGUUUGGACAGUGCUGUUUUGACAUAGGCGACAUAAAAGUCACCAUGGGGACUGGUACCUUUUGGGAUAUUAAUACUGGAAACAACAUUCAUCUAUCUAAGAAAGGCUUGUAUCCAUUGGUUGGUUGGAAAAUUGGGAGCGAGAUCACCUACUUAACUGAAGGCAAUGCUUCUGAUACUGGAAAUGCUAUCAAGUGGAUUCAGAGCUUAGAACUUUUUGACAAUGUCGAAGAGACAUCACAAAUGGCACAUAGCCUAGUAAAUUCGGGAGGCGUUUGUUUUGUUCCAUCUUUUAGUGGUUUGCAGAUACCUGUGAAUGAUCCUUAUGCAUGUACUUCUUUUAUGGGGAUCACACCUACUACUACCAAAAAGCAUCUUGUUCGAGCUGUGUUGGAAUCCAUCGCUUUCAGAAACAAACAGCUGCACGAUAUAAUUACAACAGAAGUGAACAUUCCUUCGAUGUCCAUUAGAGCUGAUGGAGGUGUCAGUAAAAAUAGUUUUGUGAUGCAGAUGACUUCGGAUUUAAUCAAUAAAUCAAUAAACAAGCCUGACAGCACAGACAUGUCUUGUCUUGGAGCAGCUUUUCUAGCAGGCCUCGCUAUUGGAUACUGGACUGACAAAGAACAUCUGAAGACGUUGAGGCAAACUGACAUGAUUUUUAAGCCACAAAGAGAGCCAAAGGAGUAUGAACCUGCCAUGAGUAACUGGAUAAAAGCCAUCUGUCGUUCUCUCUCUUGGUAUAGCCAGGCAUCUCAGUAAUUAAUAUUAUUUAUAUGUUGGACAAUAUACACUAUAUUGCCAAAAGUAUUCGCUCAUGAACUUACAGUAUUUAACCUGUGAUUAAGUCUUCCCGACUGAAUUGCUAUUAGUAUUCCCCCCCCCCCUUUGGAUUCAUUGUUGAGUCACUGACACUGCAUUAGUGCCCAUAAUGUGGUUAGAUAUUUCCUUAGUCCACUCCAUGCUUCAUUCAUUUUUAUUAUUCUACAGAUGCAUAUCAGUUAUAACGUGACGUCUCCAAAUUAAUGACUUUUUUCAUUAUUCUUUGUGCUAAUUACAGUUAGUCUGGAUUUUAACAGACUGAUUUUCAUUUAUCUGUUCUGUAUUAAUAUGAGUAUUGGGUAGAGAAUUGCAACAACAUCCAUUAGACAUCAGUCAGCAGAGAUCUGCAGCAUGUGGCAUGUCCAUAUGGGAAUACAUGGGGCAGGCAGAGGUUGAGGGGAGCAGAUAGUCCUGCAAGUAGCUCAGUUCUAUGGUAUCUAAAGCUUUAAAGGCAAUAACCAGGAAACUUGAAUUGCACCUGAACAUCUGUUGGGAGCCAAUAUAAGUUCAUGUGGAAGUAAAGGCAAGUGAGCGAUUACUUUUGGUAAUAUAGUGUAACUCACAACUUUAUUUCUGCUUUAAGACUUAAUCGUACUAAGCAGUUAUUGUUCUCAGACAAUAUUCAAGCAAUACAAAAAGUCUCCUGGAAUAGUAGUGAACCCCAAGUCAUGGUCCAGAGACUAAAUUUCAGAGCGUCAUGUUCUAAGUGGUGCUUAUUUAUAAUGGACAGACUUGAUUUUAUUCAUGAGAUCAGUAUGCGGGAAUGUUCAGAUACUACCCUAGCAGAUUUCAUGUGGAAAAUCUAGAUUACGAUUGUAUCACAAAAAUUAUUUCUGCAUAGAUACAAGCAUACCAUAUGCUUCUGUUUUCUACUGUAAAUUGUCUCCUUUUGGUAGAAAUAUAUUUAUUGGAAUGAUCUCCUCCCACUCCAUCCCCGAAUGAAAGAGACACAGAUGCAUCCAUAUAGGUAAAUUGGUUCUAGGAUUGGAGGCUGACUAUCUAGAGUGAAAAGUAGUAAAAGCGUUUUGUUCAUUUUAAGAUUUUUUUCUUUAUGCUGAAAACUAGUAAGCUAAAAGUGAAACAUGAUUUCGAAAGCAGCUUCCUGCCAAAUGAUGUUUCAAACGAUAGAAUACAGACAGUAAAUUAGCAUGUGAAUUGACUCACCCUUGCAAUGAUGGCCUUAAUUUUUUAUGGCUUUAAAAAUGGUGAAAUGUGAAGUUUCCAAAUUGCUUAAUUGGAAAUUGGUCAGCUGUCUUCUAUCUAUAUGAAGAAUUUAGGAUUUGCUGAUAGGGCCAGCAUAGUCAGCAUUGUCCAGUAACCUUUGGAAGUCCUGAUAUUCUGAUCUAAGAGAUAGAGAAAAAUCUUGGUAUAUCUACCUUUUAAAAGUUAAGAUUUUAGAAUCUUAACUUUAAAUUUAAACAGAAAUGAAAGAAGCAUCUCUCACAUGAUUCCAGUGCAACUGUCAUAAAGAGAUGAGUUUUUUACUCAUUAGAUAAGCCCAAAGUGGAUCUCACUUUGGGCUUAUCUAAACACUUCAGUACCUGAUACUUCAGAACUUUUAAACACUUUAUAGCAGUCAUUAAGUAGUAUAUAAAAUAUUGAAGGUAGAAUAUUUGGGAAAUAGUACAUAUCAGCAUACUGCUUUCUGUGGUAAUUUCUAGAUUACUGUGGUUAAGGUCACACAUUGUUAUGAACCAGAAUACAUGUUUGGUCUAUGUGAAAAAGAUCACUAUCACUUCUUGGCCCAAUCUAGAUUGGUUAAUUGUCUUAGCUGAAAAUGUCGUAUGCCUAGCCUGAAUUUUUAUCAGAUUUUAAGAAAAGUGCAUGAAUUUGACCACAUUACUUUUACAUUUGCAUGGAAUCCAGUUAAAUUUGUGCAAAGUAAUUGUAAAUUUUAUUUCUUAGAAAUUAUGCAGCAUCUAAAUUUUGUCACUAGUAGAUUUCAGUUUUAAAUGCUAUGCAAAGUAAUUUUCAAUGCAUUAUAAAUAUCUGAUGCUGAGAUUAAGUCUAGGGCUACGUUCUAUUUUUACUUAAGAAGACAUUUUAUGCUAAUUCGGAUCUAUAAUCAAUUCAGCUCAGUACUCACUGGUAGAAGUUCGGGAGAUUCCUAGUUUUAGAAAUACUGGAAAACAUAGUCUUCAACUUAUGACCAUAAUUGGGACUAGAAUUUCAGUUCCUAAUAUGGUCAUUUACUGUGGUUGUUAAGCCAAUCAUGUCAUUCAGCAAAUCAUGCAGUCACUAAGCGAAUCCAGAUUCCCAAUUCAUUCUGUUGUCGGAAGUUGGCUAGGAAGAUCAUAAAUCACCAUUGUGUGACCGCCAGAUGCUGCAAC